AUGAGUUGCCAAAAGUCGGAGACAAGGCCGAAGUGGCUGUCCAUUCCCCCGUUGGCUCCCCCGUUGACGGCGGCCGCCUCCAGCGGUCUAGCCGUUCCAAGCGUGUUUGAUACACCAAAUAUCGUCCAAUCCCAGAAGGGAGUAGCUUCACGACCCAAGCUCCCAGACCCAGCCCAGCCUUCCGGUUCGUUUCCCUCUCACGGGGAGGGCGACUCAACUCUGUUUCCUAGAGACAUCAACAUUUACGACGGCAUUGACGACGGUUCACGAACCUCUUCAGGCAUAAUUGCCGGCUACUAA